CUUGGUUCAAAACCCGAGAAAGCGAAGGACGAGAUGGAGGACAGCGCGGUGGUGACGGUGUACGGCUCCGCCGCCGCCGCCGCCCUGACGGAGCCCAAGAAGUCGACGUUCUCCGUCAAGGCCGGCCUCGCCCAAAUGCUCCGCGGUGGCGUGAUCAUGGACGUCGUCACACCCGAGCAAGCCCGCAUCGCCGAGGAGGCCGGCGCCUGCGCCGUCAUGGCCUUGGAGCGCGUCCCCGCCGAUAUCCGAGCCCAGGGCGGCGUCGCCCGCAUGUCCGAUCCCGGCCUCAUCAAGGAGAUCAAGCGCGCCGUCACUAUUCCGGUCAUGGCCAAGGCUCGCAUCGGCCACUUCGUCGAAGCUCUCAUCCUCGAGACCAUCGGCGUUGACUACGUCGACGAGUCCGAGGUCCUCACCCCCGCCGACGACGAACACCACAUCAACAAGCACAACUUUCGCGUUCCCUUCGUCUGCGGCUGCCGCGACCUCGGCGAAGCCCUUCGCCGCAUCCGCGAGGGCGCCGCUAUGAUACGCACCAAGGGCGAGGCCGGCACCGGCAACGUCGUCGAGGCUGUCCGCCAUGUCCGCUCAGUCAUGGGCCAGAUCCGCGCCCUCCGCAACAUGGAUGACGAUGAGGUCUUCGCCUAUGCGAAGAAGAUCGCUGCGCCCUAUGAUCUUGUCAUGCAGACCAAGCAGCUUGGUAGGCUUCCUGUCGUUCAAUUCGCUGCCGGUGGUAUUGCUACUCCGGCAGACGCCGCUCUCAUGAUGCAGCUGGGUUGCGAUGGGGUUUUCGUUGGUUCUGGGAUUUUCAAGAGCGGAGAUCCGGUUCGCCGAGCCAGGGCCAUCGUUCAGGCUGUCACUAACUACAGCGAUCCGGAGGUUCUUGCUGAAGUGAGCUGCGGACUUGGCGAGCCCAUGGUGGGAAUCAACCUCAAUGAUUCUGGUGUCGAGAGGUUUGCUCGGCGAUCUGAGUAAGAUCAGAUGCUGCAUCUGCUUCAAAUGAAAUCAAUGAUAUGCUGGAAGUUUCAGCAGAGGAACUUUUUGUUCAGAAUAGGCUUUACUAUUGAUGCAUCUGAGGAGUCUACAGUAUUGUUUUGAAGGAAGCUUAGCAUUGUUUGAAGUUAUUUUUACUGCUGCAGCUUUUCCGGACGGACGUUUUCACAUGCUAUUUAGUAGAAUGAUGGAGUUGAAUCCAUGUGAAAUUUUGUCUCAAAUGUGAUUUUACUUAUUUUGUUUAGUCAUGAAGCAUUGUAAAACUUGGCAUUGUAAUAAGUUUUUUGUGGAUCA